CAGCGUCUCUAGGUCCUGCUCCGCUGUCGUUCCUCGGUCGUGUUCGUCGCCAGCUCGCCAGUGUUCGUCGCCACCUUCCCGUCGUCUGUGGCUCUCCCUCAAAUCUCUGGUCACUACCCUCGCCGAAGUUUCAGCAAUGUCGUCAUCAUCCGAAGACGAGUCAAUGUCCGAGAUGGAAGAACAAGAGAAUCAGAAUAAAGAAAUGAAGCAUGAAAAUGGAGUGCUUGAUUACAUAAUGAGCUUGGAAAGUGUGCCAACAAAUCUCCCUCCACAUCUUGAGCUUCUCAUGACCCGGGUCCUCUGCAACAACGAUGCUCCUCAACAUACAGAUACCAUACAGUAUUCUGGUGCUUAUGCAGCAUUAGGUGUUGAUAAUAGCUUGCGGUUAGAUAAUUUCAGUCAAAACUUCAAAGUUGAAGUGAAGCGGCUCACGGAUGAUGACAUAGAGUUUGAUAUGAUUGGUAUUGAUCCUUCACUUACCAAUGCAUUUCAAAGAAUCCUUAUAGCAGAGGUACCAACAAUGGCUAUUGAAAGAGUUUACAUUGCAAAUAACACAUCACUUAUACAAGAUGAAGUUCUAUCCCGUAGAUUAGGCCUCAUACCAAUCAGUGCUGAUCCCAGGCUAUUUGAAUAUCCAGAUAAUGCUUGGGAUGAUAGGAAUGAAAAGAAUACCAUUGUCUUCAAACUACAUGUUACUUGCCAUAAAGGACAGCCACGUAUGACCGGUAAAUGA